UUAAUUUAUCCACAAUGAGUGACGAAGAUUGUGGAACUACCGAAGAUGGAGAACAAAACAGCAAUUUCAAUUAUAUAUUAUCAACCUGGAAAAUGUUCAAUGACACAAUGAAACCACUGUACCUCAACAUAGAAAAUUCUGAGCCUCUUCUAGAAAGUGUGAUAAACUUUAUUGAAGAUUCAACUCAAGACUUUUGCCAAUUCUUCAUCGCACCUGUCGAUACUCAAGUAAACAAUCAAAACCAACAAAAAAAAUUUGAUUGUUUUACUACUUGGUUGUUAGGACAUUUCUUCUAUAUACUAGGGUGUAAUUCGCUCCAAAGGUUACAUGAUAAGAGCGUUUCGGCACAGCUUAGAAUUUUGAAUAUCUUGUAUACAAAAGCACCUACCACAUUUGAAUUGAUAGUAAAGGAUUACUACAAAUGUUUUAUACAACUCGCACAAAACAAUUCAAAUUAUCAUUUCACUAAACAACACAUUCGAUAUUUUGUACCUGAUGAAAAUUUAAGCAAAUCAAUUAAUUUAGAUUUAAGUCCGAUUGACUUUAACGUUACUAAAGAAGAGACAAGUUAUGAUCUGCAAGGUCAUCUCAUAACAAUAAUGUCCACUGUGAUGCCUUAUCAAAUUAUGCUCUAA